AUUUUAGUGUCUGAUGACGUAAUAAGACGUCACUGUUUACCCAUGCUACAUUGCAGUUUUUAACAUGUCGUCCGCCAUGUUUUGAGGCAUCUACAAUCGGUCCCUCAAAUCCACUCCAUCCAGCGUGAAUGAAGUGGUUUGAGCAACAGGACCAGCAGCAAUGCUCGCCAACGGCCAAGAAAUGAACCCCGUGUCUAAUGUGAGGCAUGGGGCUACUCGAUCGCAGGACGAUGCAAUGGUCGGAUACUUCUUCCAGCGCCCGCAAAGUGACCCGGAUUUCCAAAACUACAACAAGCAAUCCCGCUGGGCAUUAGGCGACGACAGCGUACUCGAAGCCCGUGGUACAGAAGCACCAGAACUGGAGACAGACUUUCAGGCCUUGGCCUUAGAAACUAGUCAUCAACUAGAGAUCCCCGCCUCGACCAAGAAGCUGUGGUCGCUGGAGGAGACGGGCCCCAAGCCCGAGGACAGCAAGGGCCUCUUCCUGGGGGACCAGUGGAGGGACCCCACAUGGAGCACUGGCGGCCAUGCAAGCACGUCUGAGCACGCCGUGUCACAGCCGAUCAUGGUUCAGCGACGAAGUGGUUCCUACCCUGGCAGUGAGGGUGCCUCCAUGUUGUCGCCACGCUCCUCUGAGACCUCGGGCCUGGGUGUCAAGAUGGUGGAGUACGUGCUGGGGAGCUCGCCCACCAUCAAGGAUCUGGACUCGCGCAUGGUUGGCCGCAUGCACGUUGGACCCCCGACCAACGAUCCAGAAAAAGUGAAGAAGGGAAAAGAGGGCAAACUCAAAGAUGCAGACGGGCGAACUGCAGUGAUGCAGGCCAACGGCAUCAUGCACAACGGUAUUGAUGACGACAAGGUCUACAACCCUGUGGGUUACAGAGGCGGGGGUAGCAGCAGGCAAGCUUCCCCGAGUGAGGACAAGGGUGACAAGCUGUCCAAGGCACCUUUGGACGCCCUGGUCAUGGGUCCUGGUGGUGGAGGGCCACAGCUGGAGCCACACUUUGAGCACCAUCCGAUGGACCCAUUGGGCCCUUUCGAUUACCCACCACACGGACUGCUACCUACCUCCAUGGAGUCACCAGGAAUGCUUGACUACGCAUCACAGUUGUACCAGCAACACCAGCAGCAACAGCAGCACCAGACACAGCACCAGCAGCAGCAGCAACAGCAGCAGCAACAUACCCAGAGAGGUCAACAUGGAGGCCCCAUGGCGCUGGUACCAAGUGCCCAGUACUCCUUAGGCCAGGGACAGCAGCAAGGUGGUGCACUAGGCGUCCCACCUCCUACGGCGCCCACUCCUUCACCCUUUGCACCCCCCUCUACACCAUACCUGCUCAACCAGGACCCCUAUGGAGCACCACCCCAUCCUCUGGGCAUCGUCACAGGCCCAGCCAUGAUGCCGCAGUACUAUGGGAUGCCUCCGUGGGGCAUGUUCCCAACGCCUGCAGCUGCGGGUCUCCUGCAGGGACAGGGGGGCCAAGGUGGGCCACCCCAGCAGGUGCCACAGCAGGUGCAGCAGCAGAUGCAGCAGCAAAUGCAACAGCAGGUGCAGCAGCAGAUGCUCCGAGGCAGUGGGGCACGACCCAUGACACCACAGGGCAGCGGAGAGCCCCUUUCUCAAGCGCCCCCAGGAGGCGGCCAGUAUCAGAUGCUGGCACCUCCCUACUACGACCAGAACGGAUCGCUAAUGAUGGGUAACACACGAGCAGUCCGCCUUAUGCCACCGGUGCUGGUAAAUCCGGCUGCACCAGGAACCAGCGCUCCCAGCCAACCUGGGUCCUUGAAUGGUGGCAGCCUACGUCUGCUGGGCUCUGGCAGUGCAGGGGCAACAGCUGGCAAUGGUCCCCCACAAGGCCCCCAGGGGUCAGGUCUCUUCUCUGCAGCAACUGGGGGAUCUAGCCAUCCAUUUGGGGCUGCUGGGUCAGGGGGUUACAACCCAAGUGCUGGUGCAUCUGCCUUCUCAGGGGGAUUUGCAUCUGGUCUGGGGGUCGGUUAUGGAGGAUCCUCAUCUCUCGGACCCAUUGGAACAUCACCUGCUGGCCCCGUGGGCAUAGGUCUAGGUGGGAGCACCGAAUCCCCCAGGCGAGACUCACUGGAACGUCGUGAUGGUGGGGCAAACAUGUUGGGAGGCAGUCGGGGCCCCUUUGCUGCGACCCUCGAGUCUGCCUACUCGGCGGCAGCAGCAGGGGGGCCCCUGGGUGCCAAGGGAAGCCAGUUCUACGGGGCUCUCGGCACAGUGGCGGCCUCUCCAGGCCCAGUGGGCAUGCUGCCCCAGAGCCUGACACCUCCACCACCCUCCCUCAAUGGAUCCUCUUCCAACCUCAGCUUAGGAACAUUUGGGAGCCGGAUGAUGUCGGCUGCACCUGGGGCUGAGGCCAAGUACCUGGUGCGAAAUGGGCCCCUCAGCAGCGUCCUGGGUUCUUCCAAUGCACUGGUGCCCGCCCGCACGCUCCAGAGGAACUCGAGCCUGGAGAAGCCCCCUGGCCGCAGCCGCCUCUUAGAAGACUUCCGAAAUAACCGCUACCCCAACCUUCAACUCAGGGACCUGGCCAACCACAUAGUCGAGUUCUCCCAAGAUCAACAUGGGUCCAGGUUCAUUCAGCAAAAGCUUGAAAGAGCAACACUGGCAGAGAAGCAGCUGGUGUUCUCGGAGAUACUGGGAGCUGCGUACAACCUGAUGACUGAUGUGUUUGGCAACUACGUGAUACAAAAGUUUUUUGAGUUUGGCAGCACAGAGCAGAAGCAGGCUCUAGCGCUAAAGGUCAAGGGGCAUGUGCUGCCCCUUGCCUUGCAGAUGUACGGCUGCCGUGUCAUUCAGAAGGCCCUCGAGUCCAUCUCGCCUGAUCAGCAGAAAGAGGUCGUGAAAGAGCUGGAUGGCCACGUGCUGAAAUGUGUAAAAGACCAGAAUGGCAACCACGUUGUGCAGAAGUGUAUAGAAUGUGUGGAUCCCUCAGCACUGCAAUUUAUCAUCAACGCCUUUCAAGGACAGGUGUUCGGUCUGUCGACGCAUCCAUAUGGGUGUCGGGUGAUCCAGCGCAUCCUCGAGCACUGCACGGGUGAGCAGACAGGCCCUGUGCUGGAGGAGCUCCACCAGCACACUGAGCAGCUGGUGCAGGACCAGUAUGGCAACUACGUGGUGCAGCACGUGCUGGAGCACGGUCGGCCUGAGGACAAAGGUCGCAUCGUGGCCGCCGUCCGGGGCAGAGUGCUGCCCCUUUCCCAGCACAAGUUUGCCAGCAACGUGGUCGAGAAGUGCGUCACGCAUGCCUCGCGCUCGGAGCGUGCCCUCCUGAUUGAGGAGGUGUGCGCCUACGUUGAUGGGCCUCACAGUGCCUUAUACACAAUGAUGAAGGACCAGUAUGCCAACUACGUGGUGCAGAAGAUGAUAGAGGUGGCCGAGCCGCCUCAGCGCAAGCUGCUGCUACACAAGAUCCGUCCGCAUGUGCCCUCGCUGCGCAAAUACACCUACGGCAAGCACAUCCUGGCCAAGCUCGAGAAGCACCUGCUCAAGAGCGGCGACCAGAUCCUCUCCUCGGGAGGCGGACAGAGCGGCACUUCCAAUGGGGCCCUCUGAGGCACUUGCUCAUCCCCUCUCUCCUCCUCUGCUUGGCCACCAAACGUGACGACAUCGGGGUGCUGUGUGUGACGGCAAGCCUAGUUCCUUGCCCGUCAUGCGGCCAACAAAGCGACAGGGCAGGGCGCGUUCGUUUGUGCGUCUCUGGUUUGCGCAUUCGGUGCGCAGCUGUUCUUCUUUGUGUGGCGCUCUCUCUCUCUCUUUCCAACUCUUCUGUUAAGCGGUGCAGCCUUUUAAUUGAGACGCAAGUGAUAUUGGGAGCUCCGGUGCAGCUCUGGCUUUUGCUGCCUGGAUCUUUGCGGGGCCAAGAACUUAAAAGCCCUCGGGGCUCCCUGUUGUGGCUGGGUGGUGCUUUUGCCUGACCUUUCUACACUUGAGCGCGUUGCGUCUUUGAAAAGGUAUCACCGCAUCUUUAGCCCUCAUCUCAUACACGUUCCUCUUUCUCCUAUUGCCCUUUUCUCUUUGAAUGCUAAUUUCCUACACCCGUGCUCUAUCUCAGCAAACCUGCGAGCACUUCAUGGAAAUGCUGCUUCCUGCAUUGUAGCUUCCUACAUUUCAUUUUUAAUUUUCUCUCUACAAUUGUUGAGCAUGGGGUAAGCUUUCAGAUGUAGCACAUCGUGUAAGUACAGACAUCUCUUGCUGUAAGAAUGCCCUUUUUCACUGUUAUACCAUCUUUGCCUCCUCGCCUUGACUAGUGCUCAUGCUGUACAUUCUGUUAGCCUAACUUCACCCCCCCGCUUUUUUUGCUGCGGCUGUUGGAAAAACGUUCGUGCAAUUUUCCAUCUCCGGCUUCCCCUGAGACUUAAGUUCGCACAAGGGAUCAUCAGUUGUCUCUAAGGAAGCAUGUUGUACAACUGAUAACUCCCUCACUUUUCUGUGUACAGUGUUGAGGUGCUUGUUUGCCUGCUUUGCCUUAAGACUCGUUCUGGGUUUCCUGCAGACGGCGCAUGGAAUUUGCUUCUGACAUAGGGCCGGAAAGUUGCUUUCUUCAAGCUGACAUUCUUGGGUGAGGGAAUGAAUGUCCUCUGUUGGGAAGAGCAUCUCAUGUGCAGUUCUGCUUUCUCACUUCCCUCUGUUGUUUUGUACAGCAUCUUGUCAGCAGUUUGUACAGAGACACUGUCGACCAUCAUCCCAUACUUUCUCAUUUUUUCACAUUUUCUCAUCCUCUCUCCUUAACCACCUAUCUUUUUUCAACUUCUCAAAGCUUGUCAUGACAAGGCAGUGCUCUUUUUUAAGGACUCCUUUGUUUUUCUUUCUCUUAUUUUCUCUACGCUUCUACAGAGAGGAAGGAGCUUGUUUCGUGUGCCAGCUUCUUUUGUUGGGAGCAGCGAACAGUGCUGUGUGUGCAUUUUGUACAGUUUGUUUUUGAAGCUUCGGAACUACAAGGCAGGCGUUGUUGCAGACCUUGCGCCUCAUCCUGUUAGGAGUAUGACGUAACUCCACAGCAUCUGUGCGUUUGUAAAUUAUGUCAUUGCGGGAGUGACGGAAGAUUGAACAGAAAGGCGCGCACAACAGCAAGCACAUCAAAGCAUGGCGUGGACUUGCUCUCUCUUUUUAUUCGCUUUUCAAAGGUGUGUUGUGUAACUGCACAACUCUUUUCAAGCCUUCACAUCAUGUAAGCUAGUUUUUAAAGAAAAAAAAAGACACUCAUUCUCUCUUCUGCACAGCGACUGUUUUUAGGACACUGUAAAAAAGGGAAAAAACUGUGACGAGGCAUUUGUUGCCUACAAAUCUUGUCUAUUAUGUACAUUGCUGUAAAUUAUGAGAAAACUAACAAAGUUAGAAUCUUGCCAAAUCUGUCUGUCUGCCUGAAUUUUCUUGUUUUAAUUUUUUUUUCUGCACUCAAGUGCUAACCCUGCUACUGUUUUUAUUGCCAUUCUUGGGAGGGUUGUAGAUGAAAUGACUGUAUAAUGGUCUUACCUGACCCAAUUACACAGGAGUUCUAUUUCAUGGAAGGUUUGGGGGCUCUAUCCUAUUUGCCAGUAAAUUCUCUGAAGCACAAUGGUAGAUCAUGUUUAAAGUUUUUUUCUUCUCUCACUUUAGUUGCGAUCUCAGAUGUGAGAAGCUUAUUUAUUUCCUUCUGCAUAUGUAUGUAAAGAGUGUCAUAUAACUGAACAUAUGUAUAAUCCUCCCUCCCUCCCCCCCCCCCCCCUUUAUUUUUUUGUUUAGCAAUGUGCAUAGCCAAAUGGUACUAGGAGCACCAGUUUACCAUGCAGUCACUACUCUACUUCAGGUCAUCUAGACUUGUAUAAACUUGAUUUGGUAAACAGCUUGUAUCAAACUGCAUGUUGUUUUGUACACGUUUUGACUUAUUUUGUUUCUCUCGUGUAGGCGAUAGGCCAAAGUAAUUAGUUUUAGCUCUAGGUUCUUUGUAUAAUCAGCACUGAAUGAUGUCCCCGUCCAUGCAUGGCUAGAGAAUGUGCGUCUUUCAUAAUUUACAAGUGAGGCAUCACUCCCGUUUUACAAGCAGCUUAAGUAAAAGCCACAUCUGAGUGUUUCUUCUCUCUGUGUAGAUGCACUUGAAAACUUCACACUGCUUGUUUAGCUUAACACGUGUCCGUGUCUAAAUCCCUUCUUACAUUUUCAUGCUAAAAGCUUUUGUGACCCAUGGCUUGGCUGGGUCGGCCAUUGUUUCCUGGAAGAAGUUUUGAGUUGUCUUGACGCUGGUAGCUUUGUGUUCAGUGCAGACCUUAGUGCUUGAUUUUUUUCCAAGGUAGACAAUUUAGCUGUGCCUUGGUAAACCUCUUGUAGCUUUUAGAAAAAUAAUAAUUCCGCAUCACCGAAAUUUACUAGCACAAUUUGCGAAGUUUGCCGGUGCAAUUGCUUAGCAAAUGUCACAACUGCACAAACUUCAUAAACUUAAGUUCACCAGCAAACCGUCCGUUUCAGUUAACCUCUGUAAUGGGCUGCUAGCCUCCCAAUUAUGCUCAGAUUUAGACUGCUGUAUUAAUUUGCAUAAAGGUUUAGCUGGCUCGGCAACCAACAUUUCUGUCUCCAUGUUCCAUAAGCUCUAAAAGACCGAGUUAUCUUGCAGCAUAUCGCGGGCUUCGUGUUCUAUUUAUUUUAAGUUACUCAAGAUGAUCACAGAAUGUGCCCCAAUACCUUAGGUCAGCGUGAUUCCUCCUAAGCUGGAUCAUGUAGUGCGAAGAGAAACUUAGUAGCAGCCAAAGCUAAGAGUUGUUGCUAAAGCAAGUGAGCACGUAGUGCACAAAGAAUGAUCAGAAUAAUGUCAUGGGGAAGGAAAAAGUACAGAUUUGGCGAGAGCUGUGGCAUGAAGCUCUCUCUGCAAUCUAUUGGACACGUGUGAAUACCUUGGGUGGUAAAAGGAAUGCCGCUGGUCAGCUCUUCCAGAAAGGGCGAAGUGGAUUGUGACGAAAUCAUUUUGGUGUUUGCACUGCCACAUGGUUUUUCAAACUUGUGUGCGUGCACAAAGGCUGUUGGGUUGUUGUUGUUUUUUUCCCCCCUUUUUUGUUAAUCAUUGUAUACUCCAUGCCACCGAGCUUUUUGCAAGGUGCACCAUUUUUGUGCGUCUCUCAAAUGGUUUUUAAACUGUGAGCGUGGAGUGUGACCGCAAGUUUGCAUGCCACUACGCAGUUUUAUUAUUAUUUACAUGCAUCGGAUUCUCUUGUAUUGCUUUUGUGUAAGCCUUUCUAGUUUUUUUCUUGUGGUACCACGAUGGUAUUUCCAGCGUGUAUUUGUGAAGCAUGCGAGAAUUUUUUUCUCUCCCACCUUUCCUCUUGUGUGGCCAUAUCUAUAUAUAUAUAUGUAUAAUGUAUGUAAUAAUACCUGUGGAUGUGUGCAUACAUUGCUCCUGUGUGGAAAUACCUUUGUGUGAGCAUUUGGCCCUGCAGUUGUUUUUCCCUGCUCACCACCUGCAUCAAAUUUCUGCUUCUGUGUUAUACAUAUGUCUGUAUAAACAUGUGCAACGCAUAAUUUGCCCUUUGACUAUACUCUGUAUGCGGGCUACGUUUGUAAAGUUGACAACUGCAGACACUCCCUGCAGCUUCAAAAAAAAGCUUUUUGUGCCCCCUCCCCCUUCAUCUGCUAUCUUUAAGGUGCCUGUUGUACUUGGUGGAAGCAAGACUUUAGUCAGGCUUGGUGUGUUGUAAUUACAUUGUACAGUGUAUUUGCCCUAAUUAUACUUAUUUUUCUUGUGUGGUGGCGGGGGAAAACAAAAUUUGCCACUUUUCUUGAAGACUGCUAAUGGUUUCCUUUUAUCUCUGCCCUGCUGUGGCUCUUGUAAAAUGUGGGGAGAUGACAAAAAAAAAAAACAUAUAGUUUUAACUGUCGACAACACGCACUAUUUCCACUUAUAGACUAUUUGUGUACGUAAGCCACAUUCAAACACUGUGUACCAUAUAUAUAUAUAUACAUAUAUAUAUACAUAUAAAUAUAUACAUACAUUUCAAGCAGCAGCAACCACCACCGCAGCAGACAGAUGUGUCCCCAGUAUUUCUUUUUCUAUACCAUUCUUUUAGCAAAUUGUACAAAUGUAAAUUGUAUAAUUUUUAUCACCGACACUUUUGCAGUGCAAAAUAUAGUAGGACCCGCCGACAGUGAUUGUUGCAUCCCCAUAGGGGAUUUCAGAGAGAAACUGAAGUCGCAUAGGUGGCAUUGCAGUGAUUUGAGGGGGGAGUUGCUCAUAGUGGUGCAUGUACAGGGUGUUGUUGGGUUUAGGGAACAAAUCCAGCCACGGACAAGAGUUGAAAAGUUGCAUAAUGCUGUUCAUUGAGGGGCUGGGGUUUGAAGAAAUGAAGUCAGCAACUGUGUUUUUACAGCAGCACGGUUGAUUUUGUGUUGGUGAUAACUGGUGCGCUGUUGUGGAGAGCAGCACCAGACAGAUUAUGGCCGAGCUGUGCUGGUUUGUCCCACUGGAGGUGGUGGGGAGCAUUGUGUAGGCACAGAUGUUUUCGAGUUCAAAAAACAAGCUACACAUUUGAUUAGAGCCUUGUCUGACAGUGAGGGCUUUGUGUUGUGACAAAAAAAAAAAAGUAAUUUUUGGCGGUGUGUUGUCACGUUCGACUUGGCAUAACUAUGGCUUUUAAAAUCUUUCAUAUUAACAGUUCUGUCAUCGGGUGUUGAAGCUGGGCUGCACAUUGUACCAAAUAUUGUGUCGAUAAGGGAACCAGGUAUAAAUGGCCUUUUCAGCUCAUUCGAUGGCUCGAUUGCGCUAAAAUUUCAUACAGAGGUGGCAUUUCUUGAUGUACUUUUGUUUAUUUGCCACAUUUGGAUGCACUACCCAACGUACUCCAUCUGAAGCAUAUUGGAAGCACACAUUGUCCACAGUGAUUGCAGAAAAAGCAUUCAGGAUUUUCACAACGGAAGGAAUGGUAGCAUGGUGUUGUGUUGAGGCUGAUACUGCUCAACAUUCCAGCUUCUCUGCAAAAGUUGUUUUGUAAGUCAUAGAACAGCUGAUGUUGAUAUUCCUUCUACUGAGAAAAUGGCAUUUCUGAUUUAUUCUAAAUGAUACACAAUUAUUGCAUCCAACUGUAUCAUUUAAAUAAAAAUGCACAACAAAAAUGUCAGCUCUCUAUAAAAACUGAGCAAUAAUGCUGGCAGUUUAGCCUGAAGAAUCGUGGAGACCUGGCUACCUCAUGGAUGCAGUGUUUUGGAAAGACAUCAAAGUUCUUGUCACAAGGCUUGCAGGCUUUUUUCAGUUUCCUCGUGGCUUUUAAAAUAAUUUAUCUCUAGUUUGUCUUAUCCUGUAGCAUAGCACAUUACCACAAAAACACACACACACAAAAAAAAAGGCUCUGCUUUGUCUGCAUUUUGCUUGUCACCCUGUACAUGCUGUCACUUGUGGCCUGUCUUGUACCACUGGCAGCCAACCUGUCGUUUUACUAGGAUCCUGUGCAUACCACUUUCGUGAAGUCUGACCCGUUUGAGGCUGAUUCAGAUUGUUUUUCUCUUUUUCUUUUUCUUCCAUGUUCACUUGAGGGGGGAAGCAUUCUCUCGAAUUGGCGGUUGUCCUUUACAAUUUCUCUUGCGGCUUGUAAAGUUUGCACACAUGACCCAGGGAAAGAUGAGAUGUCGACGAGCUUAACCUGUUGUAUUAUAAGAAAAAAAAAAACUAUUUAUGAAUGAUGAGGUAACUCUUUGUAAAUGUGUGUACAGAGCUUGCUUGUGCGCUCGUCGUCACAGGCAUCUCAAGGAACCCUUGGUUUUUCUCAUGGCCUGGCAUGCCUCUGUUUUUUUUUUUUUUUUUUAGGUUGUCAGUUUUUUUGCCUUUUUCUUUUUUGUGCUUCCCACUCGCCUCUUUUUUUCUGUUCUUUCUUUUUUUAUUUAAAGCCCUGGGAGCAAACUGUAGAUAGGUAGGCAUUUAAGAACUUGGAUACAGAAUGUUUCUGUUAGUGUAUAUAAAGGAUAAAAAGUUAACCAAGUGAGGCAUAGAAUUCUUGGGGCAAUAAAAGUAAAAGCACUACAGCUCUAUUUAAUGUUUUUGUUGAGACGUGCUGGGAAGCCCAAAGUCGAGCCAAUGCAUGCCAGCACUUGCAGUACCUGUAGAGAGCUGCUCCUUUCGGAAGAUGCUCAUGGGCUUUGUUUUAAUUCAUUGGCAUGGUUUACUGUGGCGCUACACCGCUCCACGGUUAUUACCAUUCGUUCUCGGUUUGCAUCCACAGUUGGAGCAGCGCAACGGUACUGGGACUUGGAAAGGGAGGCAACAGUACACAGCAUUGACUAGCAACCGAUUCUUUCUUUAUUAAUAAUUUAUUUUUAUGUAGUUACUAGCCAGUGUUGUGUUUUCUUGUCUCGUUUUUUUUUUUUUUUUUUUUCUUUUUUCGCAUCCCGGCCCCAUCACGCCACUCCAAUCAUGAAUGCACACCGACUUUCACGAUUCUUGUUUCUUUCUGGGGGGUGCUUUGCAGUAACGUAUACACUUCUCCAUACUAUUUGUCUGCUCCUCUUGACUUAAUCUUAAACCACAAGGAACACGCCUCCAAUGAAUUUACGGUGUCAGCCGGAUUUCUUGCUUUGCUAGCCGCUUCGACCGUCGGCAGUGUGAUCUAGCAUGGGUAGACUUGGGCACUGAGGGUGCGUCACCCCCAGCAUCGCCUUUUUCUUGAUGACAAUGUGUCGUGCCGGCCUGUGCCGAAAAUACGUCGGAAACUUGUUUCUUGUGGUUGGGCUUUACAGCCUGGAAAAAGCAUGCUGUGAGCAGCAUGCCUGAAAGGGGUGUUUUUACAGAUGUGUGGCAAGUACUGGCAUGCUUAGGCUUCAUUGGCACAUUUCCUGCCCAGCAUUUGUAUUUCCAAUUGGUUUUAUGAUUGUAGGCUCGCUUGCCCCCCCACUUUUCUAGGUGUACAGUUUUGGUGCAUUGUACAACGGCCUUGGCCUUUGCCUUUCUUUCUUUGUAAAAUGGUACUCUGUAAUAAACACAUGAUGAGAAUAAAUUUCGAGCAUGUAAGAUAGAAUGUCAAUGGCAGCGUUGAAUGAAGUUGCGAUUUUGAUACAUGGUUUUCUUCAAAUUGGGUCUUGGAUAUAUCCAUUGUAAAUGGUCAUUAAAUCACCUGUCCAUAGGAAAAGGUUUACCAUUCGCAGGCCCAGACAUGUCAGUUUGUCGGUCUCAUACACUAAGAAUGAAAGCUUUUCUUUUUUUAAACUGUGAACAUUUAGUGUUUUUUUUUUCUUGGAGGAGGUUUUUACUGAGAACCAAUAGAAUGCCUACCUGAAAUGGGUGACUAGCUUCAGUCUGAAUUUGACUUGUCAUUGUCUCGACUGAUGUGCAUGUUCUGAUGAUGUGGCCAUGUGCUUGCUUUUAAGCUUAAAACUUGCAUCAGGGAAGCUUUCCUGGUUGCAAAGCACUUCCCUUCAAGCUGCCUCUUACCAGAGUAAAUCUUGGAGGGAUUUAAAAGAAACAAGUCUGACCUUUUGGUUGAACCCCUCUUUCGACACAAGUAGCCCACACGGCCACUUCAUCAGUGCACACCUAGUCAAGCAUAGUGGCAUAUGAAAGUACCUCUGGCUUCUAGGUUUCAUCACAUAAGUGAUUCGUUUGUGGGUGGCAAACUUCUGUUGUUCUCAGUCCCUCCUCCUCCUUUUCUUGUUUAUUCUUGCCCAUGUGAUUUAACUUGGGACGCUUCUGUUCUUGAACAAAGUGCUUUACUUCCCUUUUUUUUUUUUUACCAUAUUUCCACCACCCUUAUUUUCACCGUAUGUUUCACUUCAGCUCCCAGUGUAUCCUGAUCAUUAGUUAGAUACACUAUGUCCAGGAGAGAAAAAAAAAAAAUGGUAGGCCUCUGAUUGUUUUUGAACAAAUCUUUGCGAACCAUGUGUAUCCCUUGUGUGGCAGUGCACACCCCAGUAUACUGCAGCACGCACUUUUCAGUGGUAUUCCAGCCGGGGCAAAGGUUGUGUGUGUUGUUGCUGGAAGUAUUGUAAUUACCCCUGUUGUGUGUGUGUGUCUUUUUUUGCCUCUACUUCUGGUGCAGUGAUGAGAGAUGUGAGGUGAUGCUUGUAAGCUUUUUGAUGAAGGCAUCACCUCAUCCCUUUAAUCUUUUUUACCCCUUAUGCACUGUGAUGACCAGGCCAGGUGCAUUUUAGUUCAGCGAGCUAAUUGUUAUUGUGAAGGAAAGCCAUCCAAACUUUUACGUUUGAUUUGUUGGAGUAAUGGAAGCACCCUUUAAGAGUAAGAAAACCGUCUUGGAGAAUAUGAACUAUGGCCCUAUUGUGCCUUUAUUGAAUUUAGUUUUUCUUUUUUCCCCUUCACUGUUUUUUACCCAGGAAUUUAUGGAGCUUAAUUUAAAAUGGCAAAAAUUGCGUUUGGCAGAAUACAGUUGUGUGCUAGGUCUGGGGCAGAAUAGAAGCUGUGUUUUCAUGUGAAGAAACGUUAGUGGUUGGACGGCAUCUUGGCCAUAUUUUUGUCGGCCAUUAAGAUUGGCCACCGCACGGGUGCCGCGCAAUUGCUUACCACUUUUAUGUGAACACAGUUUGGUGAAGGAUGAUGCUCUCAUUGGCUGGUUCCGCGAAGAGUGCGUGUUGAUUUCUUGCUGCUGGAAAAGGGGUUGGCGUGCUGCGCCAAGGGAGACACUGUGCCUUGUCAUUUUUGCUGCUGGGACAGUCACAAGAAAACCGCGCUGGAACAGCGGUGGCCGUAGUGGUCCGGUGGUUCUUUCACAUUGCAGUCUUCUUUCGUCAUCUGGGGCUUGUGUUGUAUAAUCCAUUUCGCGUCUGAUGUUAGCAUAUUGUGUACGUCGUUGUACCAUACUGAUCUUGUAAACGUUUGUGUUUGGAUACUGUAGAAAAAAAAUAAAUGACUUUGGAGUAAAAAUA